AUGUGGCACUGGGAACGGUCCCAAAAUUCCUCAAGGAACGUUUUGAAACAACAAGAAUCCGAAACUAUAAAUAAAAUAGUACAUUUUUUAUUUAAUACAAAUCCAAAUAUCUAUCUAUCUAUCUAUCUAUCUAUCUAUCUAUCUAUCUAUCUAUCUAUCUAUCUAUCUCUUUUCUCGUCAUCUAUCUAUCGAUCUAUCUAUCUAUCUAUCUAUCUAUCUAUCUAUCUAUCUACCUGUUUGAUCCAUACUGAAUUGCAUUAUUUUGCCAGACACAGUUACUUUUUAUUUUUUAAUCAUUUACCUAUUAAUAUUCUCAUCUAUCUAUCUAUCUAUCUAUCUAUCUAUCUAUUACACACACACAUGGGCGCAUCUCGAUCCAAAACCCCGGGCAUUUCGAUCCCCCCCCCAACUUCUCCAAGCUUCCAUACACUAUUUCUUUCUUUCUUCCUUCGGAGUUUGAACUUGAUUUCGCUUGCUGGCCAAAACAUUGUCAGAGCGCUCUUUCGUAAAGUAACCGUGUUGAACCUUGCUUACAACGAUUCACACGACGCGCGUCGGACUUUCCACAGAUACGAAGACAUGGUCCCAAAGCAAUUUUUAUAUGCACAUCUACGUAACCACUACCCCCACAUAUGCACACUCUUUCAAUCACUAAACCCAAUCUCUCUCGCCCACUUUCCUUUCAUUGUUCUCUUUCCAUUUCUCUAUUUCUAUCUCCUAAUUUUCUUCUCUCUUUCCAUCCCUCCCUUUCUCUCUCUCCGAACUAUUUCCCCAUUCUAUUUUCUUACUUUCCUUUUCUUCGAUUUCUCUAUUUCUCCCUCGUUCUUGCUUAAUUUCAGAGAUUUUCUCUUUCUCUCUUUUCUUUCCAUUUCAUUAUUUCUCUCUAUAUAUCUUGCUUACUUUAUUUUUCCUCUAUUACCCCAUCGAAACAUUUCCCAGAUCUUGCUUUUUCUUAUUCUCUCUGUCCCUUUUUCUUAA